AUGUCUGAUAUUACUGAUAAAACUGCAGAACAAUUAGAAAACUUAAAGAUUUCUAAUGAUCAACCAGAAUCAAAGGAAACCUCUGCUACUCCAUCUGGUUCUGAAACCCCAAGCAGUGAAAAUGCACCAACUUCUUUAUACGUUGGUGAAUUAGAUCCUUCUGUCUCUGAAGCUCUAUUAUAUGACAUCUUCUCUCCAAUUGGAUCAGUUACUUCCAUUCGUGUCUGCAGAGAUGCAGUCACUAAGACCUCUCUGGGUUAUGCCUAUGUUAAUUUCAGUGACCAUGAGUCUGGUAAAGCUGCUAUUGAAAAAUUAAAUUAUACCCCAAUCAAAGGUAAGUUAUGUCGUAUCAUGUGGUCCCAACGUGAUCCAUCCUUAAGAAAGAAAGGUAGUGGUAACAUCUUCAUUAAGAACUUGAACCCAGAUAUUGACAACAAGGCCUUGUAUGACACUUUCUCUGUCUUUGGUAACAUUUUAUCUUCUAAGAUCGCUACUGAUGAAAAUGGUAAAUCUAAAGGUUUUGGGUUUGUUCACUUCGAAGACGAAUCUGCCGCUAAAGAAGCUAUCGAUGCUUUGAAUGGUAUGUUACUAAAUGGCCAAGAAAUCUAUGUCGCCCCACACCUUUCCAGAAAAGAACGUGAUUCUCAAUUAGAAGAAACAAGAGCCAAUUACACAAACGUCUACAUUAAGAACAUACCAUUAGAUACCACUGAAGAAGAGUUCAAAGAAUACUUCAGUAAGAUGGGUAACAUUACCUCUAUUUCUUUAGAAAAGAACGAUGAAGGAAAAUUGAAGGGUUUCGGUUUUGUUAACUAUGAAACUCAUGAUGAUGCUGUUAAAGCCGUCGAGGAAUUAAAUGGUAAAGAGUUUAAAGGCCAAGAAUUAUUUGUUGGUAGAGCUCAAAAGAAAUAUGAACGUUUACAAACUUUAAAGAAACAAUAUGAAGCUGCUAGAUUGGAAAAGAUGGUCAAAUAUCAAGGUGUCAAUUUAUUCGUUAAAAACUUGGAUGAUUCUAUUGAUGAUGAAAAAUUAAAGCAAGAAUUUUCUCCCUUCGGUACCAUUACCUCAGCUAAAGUUAUGAGAACUGAAAAUGGUAAAUCUAAAGGUUUUGGUUUCGUAUGUUUCUCCACUCCAGAAGAAGCUACUAAAGCUAUCACAGAAAAGAACCAACAAAUUGUUGCUGGUAAACCAUUAUACGUUGCCAUUGCUCAAAGAAAAGAAGUUAGACGUUCUCAAUUAGCUCAACAAAUCCAAGCUAGAAACCAAAUGAGAUUCCAACAAGCUUCUGCUGCAGCCGCUGCCGCCGCUGCUGGUAUCCCAGGUCAAUUCAUGCCACCAAUGUUUUAUAGUGUCAUGCCACCAAGAGGUGUUCCAUUUAACGGACCAGCCCCACAACAUAUGAACGGUAUUCCACCACAACAAUUCAGAAAUGGUCCAAUGAACUAUGGUAUGCCACCACAUGGUGCCCCACAUGGUGCAUUUCCAAGAAAUGCUGCCGUCAAUGCUAAUGCUAACCAGUUCUACCAACAAAAGCAAAGACAAGCUUUAGGAGAACAAUUAUACAAGAAGAUCUCAGCCAAGAAUCCAGAUGAAGAAGCUGCUGGAAAGAUCACUGGUAUGAUCUUAGAUUUGACUCCACAAGAAGUCGUUGCUUUAUUAGAAAACGAAGAAUUAUUCGAACAACACUUCAGAGAAGCCUCUGCUGCCUAUGAAUCCUUCAAAAAGGAACAACAACAGCAACAGGAAGCUGCUGCCGCCACAUCAGCAGCUGAACCACAACAAGAAACUCAACCUGUCUCUACUGAAACCUCUGAAUAA